GAUGCUCAUAGUACAAACUCAAAUGGUCAGUAUGACAGCGAGGAAGAAGACGAUGCUCAUAGCACAAACUCAAAUGGUCAGUAUGACAGCGAGGAAGAAGACGAUGCUCAUAGUACAAACUCAAAUGGUCUGUAUGACAGCGAGGAAGAAGACGAUGCUCAUAGCACAAACUCAAAUGGUCAGUAUGACAGCAAGGAAGAAGACGAUGCUCAUAGCACAAACUCAAAUGGUCAGUAUGACAGCGAGGAAGAAGACGAUGCUCAUAGUACAAACUCAAAUGGUCAGUAUGACAGCGAGGAAGAAGACGAUGCUCAUAGUACAAACUCAAAUGGUCUGUAUGACAGCGAGGAAGAAGACGAUGCUCAUAGUACAAACUCAAAUGGUCAGUAUGACAGCGAGGAAGAAGACGAUGCUCAUAGUACAAGUAUGUACAUGUAUUAUGUUGUCCAGUCUAUUUAUAU